UUUAUUGAUUGUCAUAGAAUUCGAUAUAAUUUUCUAUUGAUAAAAAAAUAUUUGUUAUAUUUUAUUAAUUAUAUCAAUAAUGUCAUAAUUAAUAUGUUAUAUUUAUUUAUCAUAUUUGUUAUAUUUUAAUAUACUUUUUGAUAUAUGUUGCUUAGAUUGGCGAUAUAAAAUCAACGUUAUCACAAUUUGAUUAAGCUUCGUGAUUGAUAUGGAGCAAAUUGAAGAGAGAUCAUCUGAAAAUCUUGAGGGAUUUAAACCAUUAACUAUUCUAAUGCAAAUCAUUGGAGCAACAUUGAUAAUUCUAGUUAUAAUUUGGUGUAGCAAUUAUAGAGGUGGUUUCGCUUGGAAUUCUAAUCCAGAAUUAGAAUUUAAUUGGCAUCCUCUUUUAAUGGUUAUAGGAUUUGUUUUUCUAUAUGCUAAUGGAAUGUUAAUAUAUAGAACACAAAGAAAUGCACGAAAACAAAAACUGAAAUUAAUUCAUGCUAGUAUAAUGUUAUUAACUAUUGUAUUAGUUGUAAUUUCACUUGUAGCUGUGUUUGAUAGUCAUAAUUUAAAUCUAAAACCUAUUCCAAAUAUGUAUAGUCUUCAUAGUUGGAUUGGACUUACUAGUAUAAUUUUAUUUUGCUGCCAGUGGCUUGCUGGAUUUCUUUGUUUUUUAUAUCCAAAAUUACAAAUUUCAUUACGAACUUCUUACAUGCCUAUUCAUGUAUACUUUGGAAUCGCAGGAUUCAUUGGUGUAAUUACUUCUUGUCUUUUAGGACUUAAUGAAAAAGCAAUUUUUGCUUUAAAAGAAAACUAUUCCAAGCUUGUAGAUGAAGCAAUAUUAAUUAAUGUAAUUGGAUUUUUAUUAAUUCUUUUUGGUGGAUUAUCAGUUUAUUUGGUAACACAAGAACGUUAUAAACGUUUUCCUAAAUUAGAAGAUGAGGUAUUAGUUAGUAAUAGAACUCAAUAAGUAAUUAUAUUAUAUAAUAAAUUUUUUUUCUAUUAAA